AUGGAAGUUGACGAUGGUGAAGACUACGAGGACAAAGCUCUGUCCUCCAGAGGAGAGACUGGGGAUCCCUCUGCCUCCGAUGAUUUAGGGGGCAGCCACGCUUUGAAGCCUGCUACUGCCACGAAAGGGUCAACUACGAGUGUUGACGACAAUGAUGAAACUCUGGGAAAAGAAACUUCUGGGAAGCAACCACCCUUGGCUCGGGAGCAAACAACAACUUCAGUGGAGGUUGACGGCAGUGAUGAGGAUGAGACGCCUGGGACGGCUACCCCAAAAGUCACUAAAGAGAGACCAGCCUCAUUCGGCUUUUCCAUGGAUGUUGACGAUGGCGAAGACAAAGAGGACAAAGCUCUGUCCUCCCGAGGAGAGACUGGGGAUGCCUCCGGACGAGCCCCUCGGUCAUCUGUAUUGGAUGAUUUUAUCACUGGGAAAGGUGGUUCAGGGAGUUUGGCCGGCGGAAGCAAAGCUUCUGAAGCGGCUACUAGUACUGUUGGUAUCACUGCAAAGGGAGGUUCAGGCAGUUUGGUCACAAGUGGUGAUGAGGAGGAGGAGGCAAAGGCUUCUUUCGAAGACGACACCCGACAGCCUGCCUCUCGACUUGCUACAUGGAAAGAUCUGGGAGGCCCCCCCAGCAAAGUCUCCGAAACUGGCGGGGUGCCUGGGAGUUUGGCCACAAGCGGUGCAUUAGGGGAAGAGGCCUCUUCUGAAGACGAGGCCGAGGCUUCCAAAAAGCCACCCUCGAGAUCUCUACCUUCUGCUGAAGCCUCCAAAUUUGCUUCUGGUACUGCCACUCUCACCAUUCCUGAAGGUGUCACGGUUCGAAAGCAGCAGAAGAACAGCAAAGCCUCUGAUGCUGCUACUGCCACCGAAGCAUCAACAACAGGCGAUGACGAAGAAGAGGAAGCAAAGGCUUCCGAAGAUGAGGCGGGAAAGCCCGAGGCAGCGACAGCCAAGCCAAACUCACGACCUGAAAAGAGCAAGCCAAGGAAGAAGCACAAAAAGGGCAAUGACCAGAAGAAGAGAGAUAGAACAAGGGAGGAAAUCACACAUGAUGAAGAUCGACAACGGAGAAUUGGGCUACAAAACGAAAAGGAACGUCUCAAGAAGGAGCUUGGGAAGGUCUCUCUGGAUCAAGAUCGCCGUAAGGAAAUCAUCACAAGAAUUGCACAGAUUGAUAGCUUUCUAAAUGAAAACCAGCAAAAUCUAUGGACCGAUCCCAAUCGGACAGAUCAAAACUCAGUCACGGGGAUUCCAUGGCCUGAGCCUCUUCAGGAUUACCGAGAGCAUGGCGGAAAUCAUACUUUCAUGGACUUGCAUCAUGCUGCCCAUCUAACAGGUGGGAAAGCCUGGCGAAUAAAUGGUGACAACUGCCUCCUUGAAGCAGGUUGCAAUGCAAUCGGUGUGCGUUCUGCCUUGACAGUCAGUGACAUGUGCAAGGCGUUUGAAACAGAAAAAAAAUGCAAGCCAAAGAAUGGGGAGUGGAAGCAGCAUGAACACUUGUUUGUGGUUGCAAUGCAACAGAAGUUCAAAAUAUAUAACGCGAUCACCAGAUCCAAGAAAAGGAAGGAUAAGGAUCGUUUUCCUAUGUUGAGAUCUUUCUACCAGCUUUUCAAUGAGAAGCAAGGCUGUUUUUUGGUGGUGGUGCGGAUGAAGGUAAACUCUGACAGUGGAUUCAACAAUGUUGGACACUGUUUCAUGUUUAAUGCUGGGGCAGGCUACAUUGCGGAUGGCAACGAAGGAGUCCUGCCCAUCAAACCUUUCAAGGAGGAGCAAAAGGAGAAGUUUGAUUGUAUUGCCCGAACUGAAGCUGAGGAGCAGCUACGCAAAACCCUCAGUGGUCGGGAACUGCAAGAUUUUGAGGACAAGCUGAGCAAGGAGCUAGACCAAAAGCUUGCGAAACAGUUCGGAUGGAGCAAGCUGGAGACUGUCUACCAGGUUGUAGUGAAGAAAGAUGCAGUGGAACGUGGGCUGGUCCACCAACAAAUCAUGCCCAAAGACAUGGGGGCACAAACUACUGAAAGCGGAGAGGGGAAGAAAUAG